AUGAUAUCUCAAAAUAACUCUUAUACGUCAUCUUUAGACGUUCGAAAUUUGGUUCAAAGUAUUUACGAUUCGGAUAAGCAAUAUGUUAUGGAAUUGAAAUCAUUACAAUGCUUCCUUAAAUCAUCUCACAGACUGGCUUAUACAAUAUAUAACCUUAUUCAACUACACCAGCUCCCAGACUAUUUGAAGAACCCUCAAGCUCGUGGAAGAUGGGUAAUUCAAGCAGAUAAAUAUUACACGGAAUAUAUUGAUUUGUUUAAAUAUGAUCCCAAUCAGUUACCCGAAGUAAAUUUUCUUUUAAAGCGCCCUUUUGCUAGAAUCAGUUUAUUGGCUAACGCGUUCAAAAAAUUAACAUUAUUAGAGAAAAAUGUUCAAAAUGAACAUCGCAUUUUUGAGGAUGAGGUCUUGGAAGAAAAGCAUACUUUGUUUAAAGACUACAACAGACUGUGUGAACGAAUAUUUAGCAAAGCAGUACACUUGGCUCGUCAAAAGGUUGAAACUCAGUUAAAAAAUCUUGAUAUGAAUUUAUUUUUUUUUAAUAAAGUUCUUUCCUUUGAUUCAUUGCAACCUGUCUCUGCAAACUUUGACAAGGAUCUCAUUGUAACAAGAAGUAAUUUUACAUUCAGUUUGCAUCAUAAUUAUGGCGUGAAAUGGACACCAUGUGAAGUAGAAGCAUUGCUAUUGAAAUCAGCUUUUGAAAACGAACUUGACUCAUUAGUCCUCUGUUAUAAAGAAUACCCUGGUCGAGCAUUAAUAUUUCCUCCGUUUCGCAAAGACACGGUUCCUGAACUUCAACCUUUUGUGAUUAGCAAACCAGAUUCUAUUAAUCUAAGGUAUUCUGUUGCUGAAACAGGUGAAAGCGAAAAAGAUGUGACGGCAAGUGAUGACGAAAUUGACGACGCCAAUGAAAGCAAAUCAUCACAUAGUUUGGGAACAAUUGAAUACCAAGAGCCUAAAGAAGAAUUUUCGGGUGACUGUGACGAUUUAGAGGAUUCUGAAAACACUCUCCCAUCAGCAACAACCAAAACAAAUGUUUCAGUUGUUAAUAUUUCUAGUGACUCAAAUUCAAAUCCAGAAGAAAGUUUACCAAAUAGUGGAAAUCAAGCGUUAAUGCUUCGUUCAUCAAGAUCUGCUAGUGAUUCCACUCUCUACUCUUAUUUACCAUCUAUUUCACUUCCUGAGUCGCAAUCCCAAACAACGCUUCAACUUCCAAUGGAAGAUGAAGAAGUUAUUUUAAAAACUUUAAGUAUUGUAUCUAAAUGGCAAGAUUCUAAAUGGCAAAGAUUUUCUGCUUCCCACAUGUUGAUUAAAGUCUCUGUCAAGAAAUCCAAUAGUAUAGGUUUUGUUGAAUGUUCUUUGGGUGCCUUAAAUUUUAAAUUUGCUAUUACUAAGAACACAUCAAUUAGGCGUGGGACAGCAGUUGAUGUGGAAAUUGGAUCAGUAAAUUGUGAACCAAAGUGUGAAGCCCUUUCUAGGCCAUCAACAUUAAUGUUUAGAUUUUACAAUUCUUUUGAGGCGGAAGAAUUUGCACUUAACACUGAUGCAUCUCGAAGGGACAUUACCUCAAAAGUAUUAGCAGCAUCUAAUGACUUAAAAAGUAAUGGUAUCUUCAUUAACAGAUCAUUAAACAGCAGUACUUCGACUUUAGAUAAAUACAUUUCAGGGGCACCUUCGGUUAUUACUUUUACUUCGACCUUUGUACCACCAAAACUUUCAAAGCAAGCCUAG